ACAUGGCGGCGCACUGCUCCGUGGGACUGGCGACAAGAACAGCAGGACUGGGUGGUUUCCUUCGGAGAGCUUGUUUUUUAAGAACCUGUGGUCCCCCAAAAUCCCUACUGUGUCCGCAACAUCGCUGCUUCUUCUGGAAGAAGUGGAAAAGUUCUCACAAUGUAGUUCGCCCAGCUACUGUUAAGCCUGCCCAUGCAGUCCCCAAGCACAUUGUGCGGCCUGACUAUGUAAGCACUAUACUGGUCCCAGAAUGGCCAGACUACAUAGAGAUCAAAGACCAAGAGCAGAUCGAAGGCCUUGCCAGAGCAUGUCAGCUGGCCAGACGUGUACUGCUACUAGCUGGACGCAGUCUGAAGGUUGGCAUGACAACGGAUGAAAUUGACUUCAUCGUGCACCAAGAGACAAUCAGGCACAAUGCCUACCCAUCCCCUCUCAGAUGGGGUUUCCCCAAGUCAGUCUGCACGUCUGUGAACAACGUGGUCUGCCAUGGCAUACCUGACAGUCGGCAACUUGAAGACGGAGAUAUCAUCAACGUUGAUGUCACCGUGUAUUUAGAUGGUUACCACGGCGACACUUCAGAAACCUUCUUGAUUGGCCAGGUGGAUGAGGUCGGGCAGCGAUUGGUGGAAACAGCCAGGCGCUGCCGAGAUGAGGCCAUCGCUGCCUGCAAGCCGGGUGCACAGCUCUGUGUUAUAGGAAACACUAUCAGUGAAAUUGCAAUGGACAGUGGCUUUCAAGUGUGUCCUUAUUUCAUUGGACAUGGAAUAGGUUCUUACUUCCAUUGCCAUCCUGAGAUCUGGCACCAUGCUAACGACAAUGACAUGACCAUGGAUGAAGGGAUGUCUUUCACAAUAGAGCCCAUACUGAUGGAGGGGUCUACAGAGUUUAGAAUCCUGAGGGACAGGUGGACUGCAGUGUCUGCAGACGAUAAAAGGUCAGCUCAGUUUGAACACACUGUGGUCAUCACAUCUGACGGAGUGGAUAUUCUCACCAAACUGCCGGAGGAGAGCAUUCAGUGACCUGAAUGAAUCUAAUUGAUGUCCGCCACAUCAGCUGCUAGAAAUCUCUUUACCUCAAGCUAUCUGAGAUAACAAAACACUGUUAAAAGAACUUGAGUGGUGAUUCACCUAGGCAUUUUUUUUAUUUUUACGAGUGUUUGGUUUCUACUUGUUAAGUGUAUUUAAGACUGAUGUGCAUUUACAGAUGAAAAAGUGGCUGCUGGUGCAUCUAAUUGCUGAAGUAGAGAUCCAUGCAUGUCAUGAGUGUUUAUAUUGUCAUUAUAAGGGAUCACAAUCUUCUCCAAACUUCAGUUUGUUCUUUAGUAACGAAUCAGCAGGUGACCAGUUUAGCCAGUUACAUUUUUUUUUUUGAGGGAACACUCGGAUUUGUGUGAUCCUUUAUGACAGCUGGCUUCCAUGGAGCCCAUGACAGUUAAAUGUGAUUUGUGACAAUAAAGAGACACUUGUAACAGUUAAAUGGGAGCAACACUGGUUGGACAGUGGCAAGGGUUUUGGAAAUACGGAAGGUCAUGGGUCCAAAUGUCAUCUUUUGUGUAUUAAUUAAGCUGUUUGAUUAUAUUUAUCUCACUUCAUCAUUGUUUGAAUGUUUCAUAACCUUCCCUACCCUGCAAGGAAUUUAAUUGUUUAUCCAUUUUAUUUAAUUUUUUUGCGAAAGAACAAAUCACAUUUUUAGAUUUGGGACAUACUUAAUGUUUUUAAAGCAUACUAAGUAGUAUGGUAGUAUCGGUAUUGGAACGCACAGGUAUGUCCCCAUACAUAAAUGCAGUAUGCCAAAAAUAUCAGUAAGUCCUCCUGCAUUCCAUUACUAUUUCAGAAUGCAUGCCAUCUUGAUUUUCUGGCUAUUCUGAUCCACAAUCCUCUGUGCAGUGUAUUUAUGAGCAGAAGGGUCAAAGUUCAAGGUGUAAUGUUAUGAUUAAGACAUAUGUCCCAAUGAGAUGCUUACCAUAUGCAAUAGUGCAUACUUUGUAAGGGCAGCUGCAGUAUGCACUGAAAGUAAAAAGAAAAAGUAUGUGAUUUUGACUGCAGUGCUUGUCAAUAAGGUCAGUUACAAACUGUGUUAUCAACUAUAGCCAGUAGAUGGCAGCACACACUUAAUACACUUUACCUUGAGCAUGUUGUAGCAGGCACAGGCUCCACAUCAUGACCAUAAGUGGAAAGCACAUUUAAAAUAAUAUAAACCAAGUAUCAAUGAUGAAUUGUUUUGUAACAUCUACUCCCAGGGCCUGAUUAUAAACACGACAAGGGCUUUUCACGCUACCACCAGUCUUAGUUUACCAAGCAUGACAGAUUGAUGAACAAUAAAAUCUGCUCAAACUAGAGGACAAAAUACUGUGUGGGGGUUGUAAACUCCACUCAGCAUCACCCUUUUCUUCUAUUGGUUCAUUUCCUCUUAACUAUAUAUUUUGUCCACAGGUAUCCCAUAUCUCACAAAGCUCUCUCUAUUUCACAAUAGUUUUGCUUUUUACAGUAACACAUUUGGAAAUCCCCUGAUAUCUCUCACUAUGAUUAGAGCUCGAAUUACAGGCUUGUUAAUUUAGAUUGCAGUGUGCAGUAUGUGAGUGAUUAAAUUCUUC